AUGACCAACGCUCAAGAGUACAUCAAUCAAUUAACUAACAAAUCCGCUAUUACUCAUUUAGAUUUAAGCAAAAAAGAAUUAACCGGCACCAUGGAUUUAAAAGAAUUUGUUAACCUCGAAUCCCUUAAUGCUUAUCAAAACAAAUUCGCCCAUUUUAACUUCCUCUUCACUUUACCUAACAAAAGCAAAUUAAAAAAAGUUAAUCUUUUUGGUAAUGAAAUUGAAGAUAUUGAUUUGAGUUUUGCUCGCUUGUUUAGGGAAUUUCCUAAUUUAGAGCAAAUCAAUUUAGGAGACAAUCCCCUCUCCGGAGAUAGUUUUAAUGGACUAAAUCCCCAAGAAUUAAAAAUCUUAGAAGAAAGAAUAACCAAGGAGCAAGUAAAAUUAGGGAUCUGA